AUGUCGAGUGAGUUUAGUGACGAAAGAGCGGAUAGGGAGAGGAAAAAAGUCGGCUACAUCCCUUCCCAUUGUAGAUCACGUUGCCUAUUAUUAAUCUCGUACGUUCGUCUGUUUUCAGCAAAGUUAAAUAUCAUUGACAUCGAGCCAAAAGGAGAGAUGGCCGUGCGAGUCGGCGAGAGCCUGCAGAUUCUCUGCACCGCCCCACAACCGAUUAAAUUUUGCCGCGUAGAGGUGCCUGGCGAGAUUAGCCAGGUGCUAAACCCGGGAGAACCGCCGGAAGCUGGCAUUGAGUAUUACGGCAACGGAUUGCGGCAAGGCCAGUGCGGCAUCCGUAUCGCUAAUGUGAAGGAAACUCACGAUGGCACCUUCAAAUGCUUCCUGACGCCCGUUGGCACCCGGCAAGAGGCAACUGCUUCUCUCAAGAUUGUCGUCGCGAGACCACCUGGAAACCUCGAAAUUAUGAUGAAUCGUGGAAGUAUUGGCGUAAACAAAUACAGAAAGGGUGAGAAAAUGGAAGUCAGCUGCAUCGCUCCAUCUGGACGGCCAGCAGCGAAUGUGUCCCUGUUUCUUGAUGACGAGCCGAUUAGCGAGGAGAGGUACACCUUUUACGGCACGAAUAUGGACGACUCGUCAAUGCAAAACGCUUCACGUAGUUUAGAUUGGACAGAUAACGGCAAGAUGUUAAAAUGCAUAGCCAACCACAUCGCCCUUGAGAAGCCCAUAGAAAAGGUUGUGAGAAUCGAAGUAUACUUUCCACCACAGCCACAAGCAACUUUUGAAAGAUUCGGAUACGUAAUUGGCAGACAGGGAAUCAUCAAUGUUACUGUUUAUGCAAAUCCCAGGCCGCGAUUUACAUGGAAAGUGAACGAUGAAAAAAUUGACGAAGGUCGUCCCGACGAGAGUAAUCGAUUAGAAACUUCAACCGCCGUCGAUUUGGGGAGAGGAGCAUGGAGCGUAAUUCUGACGAUCGACAGCGUACAGAAAUCCGACACGGAAAAGCAGUACGUGUUGGAGGCGACCAACAGUGAGGGAUCGUAUAACUAUCAUGUCGUUUUGUCGACAUCCUCAGAACCGGCGGGCGUUGAUUUGGACGCUGGAUCUAUCAUCGGUAUUGUCGUGGGCGUUCUGGUGCUCGUACUCAUUAUUUUCCUCGUAAUCUUUGCACGCGCGACCGGCCGCUGGUGCUUUGCAGGUCGUUCGUCUACCAGGAAUCUCGGGGAGUCAGACUUCGCGGACCCAGCGACGGGCGUUAGUCUUCUUCACCUCGGCAAAUCGAAAACUACGGCCGAUGUCGUUAGAAAAAGAAGUGACACAGAAAGCGCCGGCAGAUAUUCCCGAUCGGAGGUCGACGGAGCGUCGUCCCGAGGACAACGGAGACCGAGGAUCAAUCUGUCCCGACUCUUCGGAAGGAACAAAGAUAAAGUGUCCGGCGCCGAUACGGACACCAUGAAGACCGUCGUUACCGUCGACGACGAGAAGCUUCCAACCGUUGAGCCGGCCGCGCAGGAAGGCAGAACGAAUCCUCCGACAGGCGAGGGUGGAAUAGUGUACGCGGAAUUGGAUCUUACGCAACAGCAGCAAGGUGUCGCACCUCGCCGAGUUAACGAGGACAAAACGGAGUACGCUGAAAUCUUGUACACGAAACCAGAAACCGAGGAAGCAGCCGACAACAAGGACAAAUAAAUUGCGUCUCCGUAAAAGCGAUAAAAAAUUAGAAGACGAUCGUGUGGCGUAUCCCCUUUUUACGUUCUAGAACAACGUCUCAUUUUUCCGCAAAAUCAAUGUUUUUCUACCGAGAGAGC